GGAGGAGGCGGCGGCCAGGCCUGCGGGCCGCAUGGCUGCAGCUCCGGGCGGUGGCGGGUCAGGCCCCGCGGCGGGAGAGCCGCUGCUGCAGCGACACGACUCCGGCCAGGGCUCGCCCGAGCCGCCGGCCCACGGGAAGCCCCAGCCGGGCUUCCUCUCCAGCCUCUUCACCCGGGACCGGAGUUGCCCGCUCAUGCUCCUGAAGACGCUAGAGACGAACCCAUAUGUCAAACUUCUACUGGAUGCUAUGAAACACUCAGGCUGUGCUGUUAACGAAGGGAGACACUUCUCUUGCGAAGACUGUGAUGGAAACGUCAGCGGAGGGUUCGACGCUUCAACGUCUCAGGUUGUUUUGUGCCAGAAUAACAUCCGAAGUCAGGCUCACAUGAGCAGAGUCGUCACCCACGAGCUCAUCCACGCGUUCGAUCAUUGCCGGGCUCAUGUGCACUGGUUUACCGAUGUCAGACAUCUGGCGUGCUCGGAGAUCCGAGCUGCAAGCCUCAGUGGGGACUGCUCGCUUGUGAAUGAAAUCUUCAGGUUGCAUUUUCGAUUAAAACGACACCACCAGACUUGUGUGCGGGACAGAGCUGUUCUUUCCAUCUUGGCUGUUCGGAACAUCAGCAGAGAAGAGGCCCAGAAGGCUGUGGAUGACGUUUUUGAGUCUUGUUUCAAUGACCGUGAGCCUUUUGGCAGGAUCCCACAUACUAAGAUGUAUGCCCAGUAUGCUCACAGGGACUUUCAGAGCCGUCAUCGCUAUUACUCAAACAUAUGAAGAUAGUAUCCUCAAGCCUCAGGACCAGGAGGGAAUGCACAAAUGUAUACAAUGUAAAUAAUCAGUUAGGUACUGCCAUAAAGUUCAGGAUGUGAAAUGGUCUCAGACACAGAAUGUAUACAAUGUAAUUCUUCUCAGCACAGAACGUUUACAAUGUAAAUGUUCUCAGCACAGAAUGUAUACAAUAUAAAUCUUCUCAGACACAGAAUGUAUACAAUGUAAAUGUUCUCAGGUUAAAAAACUAUACAAUGUAAAUGAUCAGUUAGGCACCUGAGGAUUCAGAAUGUAUACAGUGUAUUGAUGGGUUAGAUACUAUGGAUCCAGAAUGUAUACGAUGUAAGUGAUUGGUUAGGCAUGGGAUCCAGAAUGUAUACAGUGUAAAAAUACAGAAGUUGUUGGUUUUAGCAUUUGACUACAAAAAAAAUAAAUAUAGCAAAAAAGGAACUCCUUAAACUGCAAGGCAAAAAUUGGACCUUUAUUGCUAGUCAUUUGGUAAAUAAGGUAAAUGAAUGACAUUUUUUGUACUUUCCACAGUAUACUUAC